CCAGCCCACAACACUCCCAGAAACGACGCAGUUUCGUCACUUAUCUUCUCCUUCUCCCUUUCAACCAGUCUCCACCUUAAGAUCCCAAACUACUCUCCUAUUUAUUCAUCGCUGUAGUGAGAGUGAGAGUGAGAGUGAAAGCGCCCAAAUCAGCAACAAUGGCGUGCGUGGCUGGUGCUUCAAUGGCUGCUGUCGUCCCAUCCAAUCUCAAUCCCAAAGCCUGCAUUUCUUCCCUAAAGCCCGUUUCUCGGCGGCCCAUUUCCCUUCAUUCCUCCUUCUCCGGCAAGCCCGUCGUCUCUCGUACCCCUCGCUCUCUCUCUUCCGCCUCGAGACGACGAAUUUUGGUUGUGCGCGCCAGUGAAGUUCCGUUGGUUGGAAAUGUAGCUCCAGAUUUUGAGGCAGAAGCUGUUUUUGAUCAGGAAUUUGUCAGGGUUAAACUCUCUGACUAUUUUAAGAAGAAAUAUGUUAUUCUCUUUUUCUACCCGUUGGAUUUCACUUUUGUUUGUCCCACUGAGAUCACUGCCUUCAGUGACCGCCAUGGAGAAUUUGAGAAGUUGAACACAGAAAUAUUGGGUGUUUCCGUAGACAGCGUGUUUUCCCACCUUGCAUGGGUUCAAACUGACAGAAAGUCGGGAGGUUUGGGUGAUCUGGCGUAUCCUUUAGUUUCAGAUGUGACCAAAUCAAUUUCAAAAUCAUAUGGUGUGCUGAUCCCAGAUCAGGGCAUUGCUUUGAGAGGACUAUUUAUCAUUGACAAGGAGGGAGUUAUUCAACACUCCACCAUCAACAAUCUUGCUAUUGGCCGCAGUGUUGAUGAGACGCUGAGAACACUCCAGGCUUUGCAGUAUGUGCAGGAGAACCCGGACGAGGUCUGCCCGGCUGGAUGGAAGCCCGGGGAGAAAUCCAUGAAACCAGACCCUAAGCUCAGCAAGGAAUACUUUGCUGCAAUCUAAACAACAGCGGCAUUAACUCCCAGAUACUUAUGUUAUUUGUUUUGUAAGAGAGAUGUCACUGAAAACUUUUGUUGUGUAAACAUUUUUUUUCUUGAAUUCGAUGGGACCGUAGCUUUCCGAGGAUAUUAAUGUAAAAUGGAACAAGGUUGCCUCCUGUAUACUGUUCGAUUGUCUUAUUGCUCUAUAUUUUGGUCUAACAUUAA